CCACCGGGAAAGUGACAGGAGAGGAGAGCUGCUAGUUGUUGACAGUGCUCUCGAGCUCUUAUUUUGUGUUGCACAGACAGAAAUGGACGACCAGGGAUGUCCGAGAUGCAAAACAACCAAAUACAGGAACCCGUCGCUGAAGCUGAUGGUGAACGUCUGCGGCCACACGCUAUGCGAGAACUGUGUGGAGAUGCUGUUUGCGCGUGGCUCGGGUAACUGCGUGCAGUGUGAAACGCCCCUGAGGAAGAGCAACUUCCGCGUGCAGCUCUUCGAAGACCCGACCGUAGAUAAGGAGGUGGAGAUUCGCAAGAAGGUGCUGAAGAUAUACAACAAGAGACAUUUUGACUUCCCCAGCCUGCGAGAGUAUAACGACUACCUGGAGAAAUUGGAGGACAUAGUGUACAACCUGACAAACAACAUUGAUGUGGAGAAUACCAACCUGCAGAUGGAGCAGUACCAGAAGGAGCACAGAGAUCUCAUCCAGAGGAAUAAGGUUAAACUGACGAGAGAGCAGGAGGAAGUGGAGGAGCUGCUGUUGCUGGAGCAGCAGGGCAAUGAGCAGCGGAGACUGGAGCUGCUGCAGGAUGAGCAGAGGCAGCUACAGGCCAAGAGGAAGAACAAGCAGGCUCUGCUGGAUGAGCUGGAGAAGUCUCAACUUCCGGCCACCAUCUUGCUUGCCCAACACAAGGUCCGUGCUGCCAACCUGGAGACCCAGAUAGAGAAGCAGAAACAGGCAGUCAAGCCUACCAGUCUCUUCUCAACUGGAAUCAAUAUGCGUCAGACGGUGUUACUUCAGCCUCCUCCCAAGAUAGAGGAAGUUCUGUACCACUACAAGGCCCUUCAAAUUGAGACAUACGGACCUCCAGUGCCUGAACUGGAGCAGCUGGGCAGAUUCGGGUAUCUGAACCACGUGCGGGCUGCCAUGCCUCAGGACACAGCUGGAGGAUACACCUCAGCUUUGGCAUGUCAUCGAGCUAUUCAGGAUGCUUUCAGUGGACUGUUCCCUCUGAAACGCUGAGCACAUCCAGAGCAACAGCCACUGGUUAGAAAUGUGACUAAAAGGACAAUAAAAGCCACACCGCUACCACUACGGAGAGGGCAAAGGCUGCUGUGGUCGAUGGUGCUAUGAUUGACUUUUGGUCAAGGUGUAUAUGAUUUUUUUUAUAUUUUGUGUUACUUUUAUAUUUAAAUAAAUCACACUGAAAAGCUCCAUUUUUUUGAUUUAUUUUAAAAGUGAAACAAGACUCAUGACCAAGCUCUGAAUAAUAACGAAACCAUUUUUUUUUAAUUGUCAUAUACAUAUACACGAAAUUUGACCUCUGCAUUUGACCCAUCCCUGCAUAUAGGGAGCAGUGGGCUGCCAAUGACAGGCGCCCGGGGAAUAGUUCUAAUACAUUCUAGUUUGAACAAAAAGGAGUCAUGUAUUUAAGUAAUGAUGAUUUCUUAUGACAGGAUGCAACGUCAUCCGUUAUAAAAACGUCAGUUAAACUCAGUUUGUGAAAAAGAAAAAAACUUAAAAUUCUCAACUCAAAUGUUUCCUUGGUGGGUCAAUAUUAUGAUUGUGUCGAAUCUGUAGCUUCUUCACACUUCUGUCUCUUCGGAGCUGGUUCUGCUGAAGGCUCUGUGGAGGAACAAAAUCAGUUUUGAAUUCAACAGUGUAAAACUUUAUUGUGGUCAGUACAUUAUAACAUGCGAAUGCAACAACAGCGACAGCGGGACUACGCUUACGGAACAGUUAAAAAUAAAGAUUAUUUUCAUUUUCACAUACAAGUAUUCUUUCUUUGUAUGUGAAGUAGGUAUUCACAUACAAAUAAAUUGCCUUGGCAUUAUUAUAGUAAAAUAUCCAAAAAGUGAAGCUCUUCAGUUUAUUUUCAUGCAAAGUGAAAUAAUAUAUUUCUCACAUUUGAGAAGCUGGAAACGGAUCAUUUUGGACAUUUUUGCUUCAAAAAUGACUCAAACAUUUGAUCGAUUAUUAAAAUAGUUGCCUUUUCUUUUUGGUAGAUCGACUUUGUAAAAUAUAGUACAGAAAAAUGAAGCUGAAUGAAUGAUUAAACUUGAGUUUAAAGUUUCCUCUGCAAUUAUGUUUCCAGAGAGCUGCCACUGACUUCUACCAUAAGUAGUGUUCAUGUUCACAUUUUAAUAUCUACGUUAUCAUUAAAUUCCUCACUGUUUUUUGGAUCAACUCUCACCUGUCUGUUCAUGAUCACCACUGAAGAGCACCUCUUUCGGGAGUGUGAAACUCACACACAUCAUAUCUUUGUUGGGUGCUACAUUACGCACAAAAUGCACAGAGCACCGGUCCUUCAGGGGGAACCCGAGGCUGUGGGAAGCCCUCUCCGCCACAUCCGCCUCAGGGUUGUCAUCUUUAGAGAAGCCGUAGCAGUGCACUGUGGGUAGAUUCUCAUCACAGCAAGGCUGCUGGUACAAUAGGCCUCUGAAUGCAUCCAGGAAGUCCAGAGCCAAAGCAGGCAGGUUCAUCACUACAUGAACACUGGCUUUUCCCUUGAGCAGCGCGGGCAGCUCCUGCCUCACAGGCCCCCGGAUGAACGCUCUGCCGUCCAGGUUAAAGGUUCUCACUUUCUUCUCCACCUUGUUGAGUUUGCAGUUGUGCUGCAGCCAUCGGUGGGACUCGGGGUUGAGAUCGUUGGCCAAGCAGUUUGCGCCUGAGCGGGCAGCCGGGACGGCGAAAGGUCCGACACCGGCAAACACAUCAAACACGGUGUCGCCACGUUUCACGAGCUGCACCACACGCUGGUGCUCUGUGCUCAGCCGGGGAUUCCAGUAGACGUGAGAAAAAUCAAACUCGUAUGUCGCCCCGUUUUCUUUCACCUGCGGCACAGACCAAGAUUGUAUCAACCCUCAGUCCAUGAUCUGAUUACAUCUGAGAAUUACUGCACAAAUGGAUCGUGCUAUUUAAGAAAAAAAUGUUAAUCAACGUGAAAUAAUUGCACAUUUGUGAUUUAACCUACUUUGGCGACCAUGUUCUCCUCUCCAGCUAGCAUCUCCAUCUUGAAGUUGCGGUAGGUGGAGUCAAUCAUGUUUGUCUUAUUGACCACACAGGUAACACCGGGGUUUUUGUCCAUGAUGACUUGACCUACAAUGGAAGCAGCCACGCAGUUAGCAAUGAAUACGACUUCCUAACUCUUUUCUUUGUUAAACCCACAGUCCUUUA